AUGAAAGCUGUUGAUGAGCUUUGGAGGAGUACUUCUGAUGGUAGUCUAAGGCUCGGGAAGGACCAUGCGGAGGCUAGUGGCAAGAAAAUGCAGGUUGUGGAGGAUAUCCCCAUAUCGUCGUCGUCUUCAUCCCUGCAUGCGUUGGAAAGGGAGACCUCAAGAGUCUGUGCUAAGCAUCAUACACUUAUGAAGCGGCUUAGGGUGCUGGGCGUGCUGGGCGAUAAGCACCGACGCUACUUGAGGGAAAUUGAAGUAUUUCAAAGUAGUGUGCAUGAGGAGGUCAACGCUUUGAAUGAGCGUCUCGAGAGUAUCAGGUCUGAAUCAGUUCAGCUGAGCCUAGAAGGGGGAGAACUAACAAGAGUUGUUGGUGAGAAAUCCAUCGGUCCCUCGAAGAAAGCGUCUGUCGAUGAGCUUCCAUCGAGAGCAAUUGCUAUACCACUCCUCCGUGACGUCUAUGGAAGAAUACCCCAAAUCAAGGAGAUAAGGCGUAGGAUGUCUUCCUCAAGUAGCGUCCAUUCUUCGAGUAGUAGUCAUCCUGAGGAGAGGGCCCAUCGUCUUGGUAGAUGGUCUCGUAAGUGGAAUGUCAGUGUGGCCGACUUUGAUGCUGCUGGGGUUGUCGUGAUGACUCCUCUCGAGGCCCUUAGGAGGGUCCUGGAGGUCCGCUGUGGGAGCCUCGAUAGGGCCUAUCAGGCGCUCGAUAGUAGUGGUAGUGGUAGGGUAUCUAAGGUUGAAUUUAUGGAGGGGUUGGGGGCUCUGGGCAUCCCUUGGGCUGAUGCUACUGGUAUUGACGCCUUUGAGGAGCUCUAUGGGUUGUUGGUCGGGGGGGAGGAGGAGGGGGAGAGUGAUGGGAUGAGCUUAGCUGGAGUGUUGGGGGUAUGCCAUCAACAGCAGCAGCAGGGGAAGAUGAGUGAUGACCAGAAGUGGAUGAAGGGUGUUAGUGAUAUGAUGCCUUCCGCAGCGGGCUCUAGAGAAGCCCUCAACAGAGCUCGAGCUCGGAGGUUGUCGGGGGACAGGACGGCCGCGUGGUAUGCUAAUGUUCCGUCACCAUAUGUUACUCUGGCUAGAAUACGUGCUGUAGAGACUUCGAGGCACUUCGUCAAGAUGCGGUAUAGGAGUGGGGAUCAUAGCGUUUCGGAAAAAUAUGUUCUUCCCGAAAUUGCCGCGAAAAGUGUGCAGCAAGAGGCAGGACAGGAGAUGCAGAGAUCGCGGUUCCGAUGUGAUGCUCUGUUGAAGGAUCUCGACCGUUGUAGAAAGGAACUAAAGAGGACCAAGGAUCAAUUCCAUGACGCCUUGGUUGCCUCCCAGGACUUCAACUGGAAUGCCAAUAAGAAGUCCUACUUCGCCUCCUUUGAAAGUCUCUCUGUGCCCUUAUCCAAGGAGGCCCUAAGGAGGAUAUCUUUCGAGGCUGAGGCGUUGUCGGCUAAGCUGGCCAGUGAGGCUUUGGCCAGCAGUAGAAAACGAAGGGAGGCAACUAUAGCUGAUCACGACAGCGAGAUGGUAUCAGAGGUGGAUGCCGCCGAGGAGGACGAUUUAAUGCGAGCUCUGGCAGGAGGAGAGAAGGAGGCUCUCUCUGGAGAGCAACGGGUGACCCUAGAGGACGUCAUUGUUGCAGCCAAGGCCCUGGGCUUGGCCCUACCGUUGCGGGGUCGUGCUGAAUCCUGA